CAGGAAUCAUGCAGCUGCCACAAGGUCUAGCUUACGCUAUGCUAGCUGCUGUGCCUCCCGUGUACGGCCUGUACACUUCCUUCUAUCCAGUCUUGCUGUACACAUUUUUCGGGACCUCCAGACACAAUUCCAUAGAUAAAAUCGCAUAGAAGGCACUCAUAGCUGAUAAGAGAAGAUGGUCAGAGGGGACAUUGGCCACAGCAGGUGUUAUGAACACAAAACCCCGUGGGCUUUAUGGAACUUGGGCUGUAGGCUGCUUGGCUCUGCGUGAGUCUGUAAAUCUGACACUGAUGGGUAGGGAAGAAAAGAAACAAAGCUAAGCUAAACAAGCAGUUACCCUGCUGUGCAUGAAAACAUGGCACUAGGUCACGGUUUCUGGAGGAACAGCUAUCAUGCUGUUCAUUCUGAGCCAAUGGUCCCACAUUCAGUAGAGGGAGACUAGUGGAUAUUAGUUAUCAGAAUUAUUCUGAGAUCUCCUGGUGCUUGUUUUUGAAGUUUUGAUUGUUCAGGGCUUUGGCAUGCAAGUCUUAGGCUGUGAUAGAUCUUUUGUGAGGUUUCUCACCUUAACCAAGCAGAUACAUCUUCUGUUUUCUUGUUCUAAGUUUUACAUUUUCAUUCUAGGAACUUUUGCUAUUUCUGCCAAAAUGGUCUUUUUAAUGGGAUUUUUCACCGAUAGAUGGCUAUCUGUCAUUGAAGGAUAUCGUUGAGGUAGAUGCUCGUGUUUCUCUCAAACUUGAUUUGGCCCAUGGGUGAAAUUGAGGGCAAGUGUAGUAUUUACAGUUAAAAUAAACUGUAACUGUGGCCUAACUUUCCAGGAAUAUUUAAGCAUUUGAGAAGCAUGUAGACAAGACCUCUCUUCUGGGUGAAGCUUUUAGGUGUCAAAAUCUAAAGACAUUACACCUUGCUGGCUUGUCAUGUUUCAGUUUUGUUUGAGCAUGCAAUUGAGCUUCGUUCUGAGGUCGUGGAACCCAAGCCAGCCAUCCACUUCGGGACUGGCUGUGUGACUCGGGGAUCGGCUUCUUUAAGAACUGAGUCGAACUGGAAACACGAACACUGGAAAACACAUUCCAGUCAGCCUUCCCUCGAAGCACCGAAAGUUCUUCAGCAGGACCAUAAAGAUCUUUUGAUCGUGACCCCCCCCCCCCACACACACACACACACACACAUAUGGGAUAGGGUUAUAAAUGAAAGGAGGAUACACCCAGCACUUAAUCUGCGUGGGUGAAUGGAUUCGGUCAUCAUUUAGCUCUGAGAGAUGCAACAUCUGAGGGAGGACAUGUGGCAGAUAUGCAGAAGUGUUUACGAGAACCGGUCUUGUACAGCUUUUGAAUGACCCCAUUCUGCUCAGGGAAAUCUCUAAGUCAUGGUGGGAGAUCCUCAACACUUCACCAUAUAAAAUAUCUUUAAAUAAAUACAGCGUCAUCAGCUUGUGUAUGUGUGUGUGUGUCUGUGUGUGUGUGUGUGUGUCAUCCUCCACACAACCGCACAGGAACCUUCGCUGUGGUCAGCCUCAUGGUCGGGGGUGUGGUGGUGCGGGAGGCCCCCGACAGCUUGUUCCUCAUGCAGCUGAAUGACACCAACGGCUCUGCGGUGCUCGAUGUGAACGCCCGGGAUGCCAGGAGAGUGCAGAUCGCGGUGGCCCUCACCUGCAUGGUGGGCGUCGUCCAGCUGAUCCUGGGCCUCCUGCAGUUCGGCUUUGUCGCCAUUUACCUGGCAGAGCCCCUUGUGCGUGGCUUCACCACGGCUGCCGCGGUCCACGUCUUUGUGUCGCAGCUGAAAUACCUGCUGGGCAUUCGGACCCCACGCUACAGCGGCCCACUGUCUGUGCUUUAUAGCCUCAUAGCCGUUCUGAAGGGGGUCCCCACCACAAACGUUGCCACCAUUAUUCUCGGGAUGGUGUGUAUCAGCUUUCUCUUCGUAGUGAAAAACCUCAAUGAACGUUUCAAGCAGAAGCUGCCGGUGCCCAUUCCUGGGGAAUUCAUCGUGGUUAUUGUCUCCACUGGGGCAUCAUAUGGGAUUCAGCUUUCAGAGAAAUUCGAGGUGGAUGUUGUUGGAAAGGUGCCUUCGGGUCUUCUUCCACCUGCUCUCCCCGAUUUCUCCGUGUUUCCCGGAAUGAUCACGGAUUCCAUCGCCAUCGCAGUUGUGGCCUUUUCAGUGUCCAUUUCCCUUGCUAAGAUCCUUGCCCUCAAACAUGGUUACACUGUGGAUGGGAACCAGGAGCUGAUUGCUCUGGGCACGUGCAACUUCAUCAGUUCCUUCUUCCAUUGUUUUACUGUCACCUCCUCCAUGUCCCGGACCUUGGUCCAGGAGGGUACAGGAGGGAAAACGCAGAUUGCUGGCCUGUUGGCAUCCAUUGUGGUGCUGAUUGUGGUAGUAGCCAUUGGCUUUGUCUUCCAGCCGUUGCCUCAGACUGCUCUGGCUGCCAUUGUCAUGGUGAACCUCAUGGGCAUGUUUAGGCAGCUGAGGGACAUUCCCACCAUGUGGAGGACCAGCAGGAUCGAGCUGGCCAUUUGGGUGGUGGCUUUCAUCGCCUCCGUACUGUUGGGGCUCGAUUAUGGGCUGCUGGUAGCAUUGGGGUUUGCAAUCCUCACUGUCAUCUACAGAACACAGAGUCCAAAGAAAAUGAUUCUAGGGGAGAUUCCAGACACAGGAUUGUACUGUGAUGUUGAAGAGUAUGAAGAGGCCAGUGAAUACAAUGGGAUUAAAAUAUUUCGUUUCAACAUGUCCAUCUACUUUGCAAACAGUGACCUCUAUGUAAAUGCCCUUAAAGAGAAGACCGGAAUAAACCCAGCACUGCUGCUGGCUGCGCAGGCAUCGCGCCUAAAAAAAGCGAAGAAAGACAAAGCGAUGUGGGUCAAGGAAGGAAAGGCCCAGGCAGCCCCCGUGAAACGAGAGGCAUUAGUUAAACUGGAUAUGGAACAGGGUGUCACUCAGACAGUGGUGAGUGAGAUAGACUCACCAUCAAAUUCUCAGGACAAAGUACUGGGGAUGGAGCCCAUAUCGGAGUCAGACCCCGAUGACUCCCAGAACCUGUUAGAUUCUCCCGGUACCAUCCAUUCCAUCAUCCUUGACUUCACCCCAGUCAACUUCAUUGACUCUGUUGGAGCCAAAACCAUAAAAUCUGUGAUUAAAGAGUAUGGGGAGGUUGGCGUAAAGAUUUUCCUGGCAGGAUGCAGCAGUACCAUAAUGGCUGAGCUCAAGCAUCUGCAAUUCUUUGAGGGAGCGAUGACUCCUGACCUCUUGUUCCCAUCAAUCCACGAUGCCAUUCUCCAUUGCAAGAACCGUGUUAGACCCCAGCAUCCAUCACACCACUUCGUCAGCUAAUCAUAGCUGAAAUCUUCGACACUGUCUCUUUGUUUUUGUGUUUCUGUGUAACUCAGGUACCUUCUAUACCUCUUGUCACUUUAUGGAAGAUGAACUAAGGAAAAGUGGGAUUUUUGGGGGGGGGGGGAAGUCAUAGAAGCACUGAAAUGUUAACACGCACGUUAUUUUUUAGCCUCUUUUAAAACUCUUGCACCUUUAUGAUAUGGGGAGAUUGUUUCUAUUUCUGUUGGGUGGGGGGGGGAUGAUGACAAUGCAACAUAAAAUGUGAAAAUAAAGAAAUGCGGAAAAAAACACUCAGAGAUGAGCAGGGCCAAGGGAAAUACUUAAUGAAAUGGAUCAUUUUAUUUAAUUUUAAUCUAAAGGCAGCACUCUGCAGGCAGUCCCUGGGUUAAAAACAUCUGACUCACGCACGACUCAUACUUACGAACGGACUGCCAUAAAGCCUAUCAUAUAAAAAAAAAUCAGGUUAAAUACAAUGGCUCUUAAUAACGAACACACGCACAACUUUGUGAUGUUUGUGAAAACAUUGCAUGGCUUUAACUGUUCGUCGGCUUGAUGUUCAGUACAGUAAUGUAUGUAGUUCCUUUCAUUAUUACUCUAUAAUUAGUAUUAUGUUCUGUAUUAUUAUUUUUCCGACUUACCUACAAAUUCAACUUAAAGAGAGACUUGGGGAACAGAACUCAUUUGUAACCUGGGGACUGCCUGUAAGUGACCUAUAUAGACCCUUGUGUUUGUGAUUCAUCCAGAACCUACAGGUGAUGUUGCACCUUAAUCACAUCUGCCUGUCUUCCUUCACUUCUUAUCCAGUUCAUGGUUGAGGUGAGCUGAGAGCAAAUCCCUUAAAGUGUAGGGUAUGAAACAGAGGACAUCCUGGACAGGAUAUUAAUCCAUCAUGCGACAUACAAAGGUGGAAAGUUGAAGUUCAGAAAGUACAAAUCCAGACCAAGGUUUUGUUUCAGCCAACCAGUUAAGUACUUGAGUGAAUGUGACUUUAUACUCAACUGGUUGGUUGAAACAAAACCUUGGUCUGGAUUUGUACUUUCUGGACCUCAACUUUCUACCUCUGCAUACACACUCACGCCUUAUUGGAAACACAAAGGCACCAAUUCUCCUAACCCCCUGUCUUUUGAACUGCGAGAGGAGACCCGUGCAAACAUGCGGAUAACUUGCAAACACCACAUACAGAGCACUGAAGAAAGGAAUCGGAUCCACAAACCUAGAGGAGUGAGGCCACUGUUACCUGCUUAUCCAGUGUGCUACCCGUAGAUCAGCACUUACUGUAACGUCAAUGGUGCUCCAGAGCCUUUAAAAAUCGGAUGUGACAGGGCCAAUGUUACUUGCUUUAAUUUUUCUGUUUUAUCUGUUGAAACUGUGUGUGGACACUGUAUGUUGAGUAUUUCAGUACCAUGUCUGAAUGUAUUGUAGCUAGUGCCUUAUUUUUACAGAAGUAAAGUGAGUUUAAUUUCUUAUUAUUUCCCUGUGGGGCACUGACAUCACCCCAAGAAUACUGUAAAAACACUAUAUUGUUAUUGUGUCAUCAAACCCUGUAUCAGGUAUAUAAGUGGUCUUUAUAAUUAUAAUGAUAUAUUUUAACAUUGUUAUAAAUCCUACUAAUUCAGAAUUUAUAAGAAUAAUUAGAUAAGGGUAUGAAAUACAAGUGCAAAAUAUAUUUAGAAUUACUUGAAUGAAUUUGAUUGUUGCGAUGUUGAUUAAUAGAUAUUCAAGUGUGGAAAACACACAAAAAUUACAGUACUGAAAUUAUUUUGAUGUACCAAAGUAUGUGGCGAAAUCAACUUGGCAGUUAUGUCUCAUUAAAAGUUUCGCCAUAUUUUCAAUUACUGCAUUGUCCCACUAUGCAUGCUUACUUUUUGGAAUUAUUUUUGUACAAGAAGAAUGGUUACAUUUUUUCCAAAGAAAUAUACAGUGCAAAUACUGGAUUUUGAAGUACAUCUGUGAAAUAAACCUUAAAUUCAGUC